UCAUUAUAUGUGAUUGCUCAUUGAAAAAAAAACAGUGUCUUUUGCUUACUGUUGAAGUUUUGAGACCGUCAGAGCUAUUAACAAUGAGGAAAGCUGUUUUCAUCAACACCACUGCCAUCAUCAUCAUCAACACUUUAGCAGUUGUUUGCACAUGGGAAAAAGACAUGAAACUGGACAUGGCCCUGGAUUCUGUUGAUGACCAAUACAUAGGCUGCGAAAAUGAAAUGUACAACCUGGUUAAAAGCAAGAUCCUAAAGGAAGAGUUAGGAAAACGUAAACUGUUUAAAAAAGUUUGGAAUGAUUACUCAAACAGUACUGAUGAUUUUGAAAGAAUAAUAAAGGUCUACACCGCAGAAUCUCGGAAUAAAAAGGGUCCACUUUAUAAAAAACUCAACGAAGCUGUUGGCUCAGGAAGAAAAAAUUACCGCACUAAAUUUAAAUACAAAGCCUUUCAUUUCUUGCUAACACGCGCCUUACAAAUUUAUAAAGUACCGACAUGUGCUGAGGUUUUCCGCAGAACCAAUGUUAGUUUUGAGAGAAAGGUUUCUAACCAGGAAAUGCGAUUUGACAGGUUUGCUUCAACUUCAGAAAUAAAUAAUAUGAAUAGCUUUGGCAAUAUUUCCUGUUUUAAGAUUGAAACAUGCUACGGUGCAAACAUAUCCAACUUUUCUGUGUACCAAGGUGAGAAAGAGGUGCUAAUCCCACCUUAUGAAAAAUUCAAAAUCACAAACAUUACAGGAAGUCCAAACGAGAUGAACUGCCGUGUCCUUUACACUCUAAAGAGCGCAGGGACUUGUAGCAAUAUGAACUGCGAGCUGCUUAAUAAGAAAACAUUGCAGGUGCAAAUGGUAAUGUGAUAGCCAUGUGUUGAUAUUAUAACACCACUGCUAACAUGACUGGAUAAUUUUAGACAUGAUGUAACGUGUUCUAAGCAUGUAUUGAUGUCAGUGAGAUACAUUUUGUUUUUACAUUAUAAAAUUGCAAAAUAAUAAUUACAUGAUUGUAAUUUCAACAAUUUUAUGUGAGCUUUUGCUUGAAGAGAAUCUAGCAAGGUUUUGUAGCACAGCACCAACUUCAAAAAAGUUGAUGACUUUUUAUUAUUCAAAUUUGGCAACAUGUAUAAACUGUUCGUAACCUGCUUUUCUCAUUAAAAGAAAU